AUGCCGCGGGUGGAACCUGAGCCCGAGACGUGGCCGGAGCAGAAGCCCAACCUCACCAAGCGAGACUCUGAGACCGGGACAGAGUGGGACUGGGAAUUUGAGGACUCAGAAUCGGAGGGCAAGCAGCCACCCACGGGACCCCCCGCACCCCCAGGAUCACCCCUGCCGGAGGGGGACAAUGCAACCCCUCUGCCGUUGGAGGGGGACGAUGCACCCCUGCCGGAGGGGGACAAUGCAACCCCUCUGCCGUUGGAGGGGGACGAUGCACCCCGCCUGCCGUCGGAGCCGGACGUUGCACCCCGCCUGCAGUUGGAGCGGGACGAUGCGCCCCUGCCGGAGGAGGAAAGCCCCGAGCCCGUAGCCGUCUGCGGUCACCGGCGCCGCUGUCACACCGACUGCCUAGAGGCGCCGCUGUCCCGCGCCUUCCAGUGGCUGGGAUGGCAGGUGGGCGCGCACCCCUGGAUCUUCCUGCUGGCGCCCUUGAUGCUGACGGCCGCGCUGGGCACCGGCUUCCUGUACCUGCCCAAGAACGAAGAGGAAAACUUAGAGUACCAGUACACCCCGGUGGGGAGCCCGGCCAAGGCAGAGCGGCGCUUUGUGCAGAACCAUUUCACCACCAACGACUCCUACCGCUUCUCCCCCUCCAGGAGGAGCACGGAGACCAAUUUCAUCUCGAUCCUGGUGGUCUCCCACAGCGACUCACUGCUGGACCCGGCCACCUUUACAGAAGUCAGCAAACUGGACAGCGCGGUACAGGAUCUGCGUGCGGCGCAGGAAAACGGAAGUCAGAUCCAAUACCAACAGGUGUGCGCGAGGUACAGGACGCUCUGCGUGCCCCCCAAUCCGCUCCUGCACGCCUGGCAGGUGAACAAAACGCUCGACCUGAGCAGCAUCUCCUUCCCCAUCUACAACCACAGUGGACAACGCCUCUACCUGACCGGCUUCUUCGGAGGACACAUCUUGGGGGGCAGCCUAGGAAUGGGCCAGUUACUCCUGCAGGCCAAAGCCAUGCGGCUGCUGUACUACCUGAAGACUGAGCUCCCUGAGGACGACGAGCAGAGCAAGCAGUGGAUCAUCCAUUUCCUCGACCAACUAAACAGCAUUAAGAACAGCCUGGCCUUGAAGAAAAUUGAGGUGGUCCACUUUACAUCGGUUUCCAGGCGACUGGAAUUUGAGGCAACUUCUGAGACAGUGGUCCCUUUGUUUCACCUGGCGUACAUCUUCAUUAUACUGUUUGCAGUCACAUCAUGCUGCAGGUUUGACUGCAUACGAAACAAAAUGUGUGUUGCAGCCUUUGGAGUGAUUUCUGCUUUCUUGGCAGUGGUGAGCGGCUUUGGCCUGCUCUUGCACAUUGGGGUGCCAUUUGUCAUCAUAGUUGCCAAUUCGCCAUUUCUUAUUCUAGGUGAGUAA